AUGGCGGCCCGCGGCGAUGGGGCUGCGCUGUCGCGGGCCGCGGUUGUGCUGGGGCUGGUGCUGCUUUGGGUGGGCCCGGCCGGCGCCCGCGUCCAUCACCUCACCCUCAAAGAUGAUGUGAGGCAGAAAGUGCACCUGAAUACCUUUGGCUUCUUCAAGGAUGGCUUCAUGAAAGUCAAUGUCAGCAACCUUUCGUUGAAGCCACCUGUGGGCUCUGAUGACAAGAAUAGCUUAUCAGUGGGGUUCAGUUUGGAUCGAACAAGGAAUGAUGGGUUCUCCACUUACCUGGAUGAAGAAGUGGAUUACUGUAUCUUGAAAAAGAAACCAGAGCAAGAUGUCUCUGUUGUAAUCUUACUUCUGGAUUUCAAAACUGAAGUUGUGAAAGUACGGUUCUCUGCAGAAGCUGCUUCUUUGUUACCUAAAAUUUCAUUCAUGUCUGAGGAAAAUGUUACUGCCUUAAGUACCAAGCUGCUAAAAACUUCCGAACAGAGCAGUGAUUCUGGUAAAAGUCCUGCAAAGAGCAACGAAAAUACAGACAGCAAAGAUAAGAAGUCCAAACGAAGUACAACAUCAUCCUCCCAGAGCGUAGUAGAACAAGAACAUCCUGUUCGCAAUGACAGAGGAACUUUUUCGUUUCAGUUUUUUUUUAACAUCAGCUCUGAUGACCAAGAAGGUCUCUACAGCCUAUAUUUCCAUAAAUGUGUUGGCAGUGAGAGGCCGACUAAUGAUCAGCGGGUAUUUAGUCUCGAUAUAGAAAUUACGGAAAAGAAUCCUGAAAGCUACCUCUCAGCGGGUGAGAUCCCACUGCCAAAACUUUACAUUUCCAUGGCUAUCUUCUUCUUCCUGUCUGGGACUGUAUGGAUCCACAUACUUCGUAAACGCAGAAAUGAUGUGUUUAAGAUUCACUGGCUAAUGGCAGCUCUCCCUUUCACAAAAUCUCUGUCCUUAGUCUUCCAUGCGAUCGACUAUCACUACAUUUCUUCUCAGGGAUUUCCUAUUGAAGGCUGGGCUGUUGUUUAUUACAUCACUCACCUACUGAAGGGUGCUCUUCUGUUCAUCACUAUCGCCCUUAUUGGCACAGGCUGGGCUUUCAUUAAACACAUCCUGUCAGAUAAAGACAAAAAAAUUUUCAUGAUUGUCAUCCCGCUUCAGGUACUGGCAAAUGUGGCAUACAUUAUCAUAGAGUCAACAGAAGAGGGGACAACUGAAUAUGGACUGUGGAAAGAAAUCCUCUUCCUGGUAGACUUGCUAUGUUGUGGAGCCAUCCUGUUUCCAGUAGUAUGGUCAAUAAGACAUUUACAGGAGGCUUCAGCAACAGAUGGGAAAGCUGCCAUUAACCUAGCAAAGCUGAAGCUUUUCCGACAUUACUAUGUUAUGAUUGUGUGUUACAUUUACUUCACACGGAUCAUUGCAAUUCUCAUAAAGAUUGCUGUUCCAUUCCAGUGGAAAUGGCUGUACCAGCUGCUGGAUGAAAUGGCCACGCUUGUGUUCUUUGUCCUCACUGGGUACAAGUUCCGUCCAGCAUCAGACAACCCUUAUCUACAGCUUUCUCAAGACGAUGAGGAUGACUUGGAGAUGGAAGCUGUGGUGACGACUUCUGGAGUAAUGGAGGGCAUGAAGAAGGUCAAGAAAGUGGUGAAUGGUUCAGCAGAGCCACAGGGCGAGUGGGAAAGCACGGCAUGAUGGACUGGACUAAGGCAGCACUUUCAGAGAAACUUUUUUAAUUUAUUAAUAUUACUCUCAGUGGAAAGGGAGCAACUAGCACUUCCCAACACUGAAACUGCAGAGUGGGGUGUGUCUAGGGAGAGCAAAGCAGUGCAGAAAUAUAACUAUUCCUCUGAUCAUAACAAAAUGGGAUCUCUUGGUACCUGCAAGAAGUGUGAAGCUUUCCUAGGGAUUUUGGGUAGCUUAUUCUUUUUUCCCCUUUCUGGAUCAGUUAGGUAUUCUGAAUUGUUUGCAGUUGCGUUCUUCAGAAUGUGUAAUACUAAUGUGAAGAGAGACUUUUAGUGUGUAUGUAAAGUAUAUAUUUUAUAUAAUGCGCAUAUAUAUACACACUUGCUAUGUAACAUGUAUGCUGGGAAUUACAAAGCGUGUCAGAAGGUGGGAAAAGAAGAUAACAGAUGUAAGUAUUCUUUUUGCUUUUUAUAAACUCUCCUUUUGGCUUGGACAAAACAUUGCAAAAUGAAUAGAAACAACUGCAGUUAUUUGAGAGACUAAAUGGGAUAUUGGAUCAGAUGACUUCGGCCGCUACUCGCAUCAGUGGGAAAGUUGAUAAGUAUCUUCUUGUCUUAUCCAUGCAGGUAUCCACUUGAAUGUGUCAGGUUUUCAAACGUAUUGCUAUACAGGAAGCAAGUGACUGUUCUCUAUUAAAAGCACUAGCUCAUAGUGCAAUAAGCAUCAAUGUAAAUUCUCCACUGUUCAUGGAGUUGCUCUUGAUUCACACCCACCUGACAAGAAGUACACAAGAGGUGUAAGACUGAUGCUUGCUUUUUAGGGGUCUGCCAUGCUAUCUUAAACAUUUAAUUUCAAGCUGUGACCCAGAGCACUUUGAUCUGCUUUAGAAAAUAUUUUCAAGGUAUUUCAAAAGACACUCCUUUCUGGCACAGUAUAAACAGUACCAGAAUCUAGUGGAAAUGUGCCUAGCAAAUGUACUGCAGCGUAAAUCUCUGGUUCACCAUUAUCCUGAGUUACUUUUAGCCUCUUUGGAUGGCUACUUGUACCUCUCUGGCUAUGUAGGAUUAAUGAUACUGCUGUUUGAGAUGAGCUGAACUGGUCAAAAUGGUAUUGCUGCCAAAACCAGGCAACUGCAGCUCCCAGUCUUAAAUGGUUUUUGUCAGGAAAGGGGAAGGUUAUGACCAGAACCUCGACGCAGGGGAAUGUGGAAAUCUUGACUAUUAGCUGCAAACUUGCAGUGGAGUCUUUGUAGACAUGUUACAAAUGCCAUGUGUGUUUUAUCUGUAUUGUUAGUAAGGCAAGCUGGUGCCCAUAGCUGUAGUAGUAAGGCAUAGCAAAUGAUUGUUAAUUUGGGGGAGGAUGGAAGUGGUUCACUGAUGUAAUGAGGAUAGCUUUAAGAAAAAUAAAUCAAGUGUAACUCACUGACCCACUGAAGCCUUAAUAUUCAUGUAGAGACAUUGAUGUAUGGUGCUGUUGAGCAAGUGCUUCUGUCAGGGUGACAGGGAUAGGCAUCAUCACAGAGCUUCGGAUGUGCCAGCAUCUUUUACAAGCUUAUUUAGGAAUUGCUUUUUUGACUGAAGGGACUACAUCUCUGGGGCACAACUGAUUAGAGGACUAUUAGCCACUAGGGUUUUUUUAUUCUUUAAGUUUAGAAGAGAGAUUUUCUUUGGAACCUUGAACCACUUCUUCCUCAGUCUUGAACAGGGAUUGUAGAGCUCUUAAAUGAGCAGUCUGUACCAAGACUUGCUGUUUGAAGAGCAGCAUUGUUUUCUCUGGUUGCCACUUCUUUUCCCAGGUGGUGGUUCCAUGCAUCAUGGAAAUGGUAAAAAUGAAUCUACCUGCUUUGAUACCUGGAAGUGGUUUCUCUUCAGCUAAAGCAAGAGAAUAGCCCUCUUCUCUGGGUACAGGGUCCUUUUCUAUGUUUUCCUCCUGAGCUGUAACUGCAUAGUAAUCACAGCAGUGAUUGUUUGACUUUUGCUGUCAUUGUCUUGCAAUGGUACAGUUUUAGUGGAAACAGAGAGCCUACACCACUAGAAAGGCUGUUAGGUGACCUGUGAGCCUUUUAGACCUUCUGUGUGAAGAAAUCUUCUGCAUAUUAAGUAGCUGAGGUGUGAGAAAUUGGGCUAUAAACAAAUAUAGGCAGUCCCAGUUCAUCAUACAGUUAAAUACAAUACCUGAAAAACUCAUCCUCUCACUCUGCAGUUACUCUGUCCCUGUGGAAAUGUCACUGUCUGCAUCCAAAGGGCUACUCAAACAGGCUGUAAACUUUGUUCAGAGUAGACCACUGGAGACUUGAAGUCUUUUGGCACUGAAGUAUGUAAGGGAUAAGGAUUUGCUGUCAGGAACAGAAACGCAAUAACAGUGUUAAUCUGGACAUGAUGCUGUCUUAGAACCCGUUAAUACCUUUUGUGAAUGAGAUGUGAAAUUCUGGUGGGUGUGGCAUUUCAUCCAAAAAACAUGAGGGGCUGUGCCAGGAUCCCAGCAUGUGCUGAGCUGGUUCCAAACAGCUGCCUAUUCCAUACCUCAGCAUCAGUGGAGCUGCUGAUUUGGCAAGCGCUUUUACCUUAGUCUCAGGUUUCUUUUUUUUAUAUGCAUUUUUUGCUAAAGUUGUGUAUGGUGUAGGUUUAUCUGCCAAGUCCCUGGCUCACUAGUCAAAGGCCAAAAAAUGGGUGAUUUCUUUUUGUCUCGGCAUGAAAAGCCACGGCAGUACUCUGAAAGUGUUUUUAGAAGAGCUUUUUCCAAGUUCAGACCUGAGCUUCCGCAGUCAGCUAUACGACCAACUUCAGCUGGCACUUAAUGCAGGAUGCUAACCAGCAGUACAACAGUAACUAGUCAGACCUAAGCAUUAGUAAAGAAAAUGAAUGUGGAUGUACAAGUCAAAAAACAGUGACAGAAGGUUCUUCCUGCAGCCAUUUCCAAAGUGAAUUUCCACUUUCUGUGGUGGAAUUCCUCGGAGCAGGUCAAAAAAUUUGUCUUGCAGGAUUGUGUGAUGGAUUGGACAGUGGCUGGGACGUUGGAGGAUGGAGAGGAUGGCUGCAGUUGUGCUUCUCUCGCAGCACAGUGUGUGCUGUACCACAAAGCAUCAAAGGGAGGGCUACUCCCUCCCCCUUCCUCCCAAGGCGAACCCACAUCUGCAUGACUGGCAAGUGCAUGACUCUAUUGCUAGUGAAAUGCAGCAGCUUAGAGCUCACCAGGCAGGAUAAUCGCAGUGCUUGCCUUUCAAAUGCUGAUGGCUGUCUAUCUUGUAGGAAGCUCUGUCUUUCUCAGGGAGGGAAGAUAGAAGAGCUGCUUGUGGCUUACAGAUCGUUUUGGGAUAGAGCCUUACUUUCCUGUCUCUGCCUUUUACUGAAGUGAUCAACUAAAACGAUCACCCUGCGAGCACACAGCAGUAUAAUGACAGGAGUCCUGGGAAAGCAGGUCUGGUGCAAUUCAGAAUAAAUGGUUUUGAAUGCAUUCACGUAUGUUGCUGCAGUGGAGGUACUCUGCACCCUCUGCAGACAAAAAUGAGAUUGGUUCAGUCUUCAGCUGUAAUGCAGGUUAUGCCCCAGUAAAUCCCUGUUGAUGAUGACAUGCAAAUGCCACUGAUGCACUCCUUCCUGCUGUAACUGUUCAGCAAGCUGUCUUCCAGAGGAAACCUCCUUGCAGUGCGACUGCCAGAUUCUUGCAUUCUUCAGGCUUGAAAAUGUUUUCCUUGAUGGUUCAUCAAGAGACGUACUAAAAGAAAGCAAGACAUAAUGGGGUCAUCUGGAACACUGCUGCUGCUUGCUCACAAUGUAGCAGUUGGAGUUGAAGAAGCCACAUGCUGUCCUAUUAAGAUGCUCUUUCAUGUUGUCAUCUAACUCAGCAUGUCAUGAUCUGUGCAGUGCAUUGUUCAGUGUUUCUCUCCAGCUGAGUACCCUGUUCCUGGAUUUCCAUGCUGGCAUACCCUGGGAGCAUGUUGUAAAAAUUUGCUGCAUUGCAGUAUUUUGUCUUGGAGCUAGUAAUGUGGAAGAUGUAUUUUUCUAAGCUAAGUUGACUCUCUCUAGCAUGAGUGUGCAUCCACCAUGGGUCCUUAAGCACUGUAACAUUCCUUCUGGCCAUGAAAGGGCAUGUCCUAAUCACUCCAGUGUGCACAUUUGGUGCAAGUCCAAUGGAGGAUUUUUAGUGUGUUAAGUCUUUUUUUCCUUACAGUAUGCUCCUCUUAGAGAAGAGAAAUGCAGUCUGGCCAGUGACAAUCAAACUGACAAGAAAGGGGGUUUUUUUGUUCUUUGUUGAAAAUUGCCCGGCUGCAUUUGAAGCAAGUAUUGGGUAUUUGUAUGUUCUGUUGAGCUCUGAGAACUGAAGUUGCUUAGCUAUUAAAAAAAUAAUCGGGUAGUAGCACAGGUAUUGAAGGGAAGGAAAUCCUUCCUCCUUCAGUCUGUCUGGUUUGUCUCCUUCAGUUUGACCUGUCAUGAUAGCUAACAACCUACUGUUACUUUAAAGCAAAUGUGUUUUAUUGAUUCUGUGUUAUGACCUCCAAUCAUAAAAUGUUUCCCCAUUUUUCACCUUUGUAAAAAGAGCAUGGAGCUGCGGCCUGCAGUAGAUGGAAGGUACAGUGAUAUUUGAAACAUAAUGGGACUUACACUGUCUAAAACCUAUGACCUUGUGUGCAACUUCAGUAACCUGAAUGUUUCAUGAAAACUGAGGUGGUGCUGCCCAGAGGCAUUUGAUCAAUGUUUCUGUGUGUUCCCUGGGGUUGAUUUGUUGGAAAACGUCAUUCUAAAUUGGAUUAAUCUGGCUUUUCUUGUAGCCGCUGGGUAUGAUGCUGUUUUGGGCUUAUUAAUCACUUUUACUUAGCAAUAUUGGGAAGCUGUGUAUUUUCCCCCUUGUAGUUUCUCGCUUGGAUAUAGCAAUGAUCCUGUAAGAACUGCGCAUGAUAUGUACUUGUGAAUGGCUGGAACAGGAUUUAAGGAAAAUACUGAGAUACUCACUCACAUGUAAAGUGAUGGUACUGGACGAAAGCGGCUGAGAAAAAGAGUCACUCCCUGUAGGUUGACUGUCUCAAGAACCCAUUUAUGUUUUGACUGCAGCAAUCCUGUAGAAAGGACAAUUCUUAAUAAAUAUUUCCCUGUGGGAUUUCACUCAGUGUUCUGCUCUCUGUGUAAUAAAGUAGAGCUGACCUCCACGUUAUCAGAAGCACUUUGUCUUGUAGCUAGGAUACUGGAGCAUUGGGCUGGUACCUGUUCUGUCAAAACAGAGUAUGGGUCUAAAUAGCUUCCCUUUCCCUUUAGUAACUAUUAAUAAUUAAUUCUAGAUCCUCUUGUGUCAUUAAGCAGCUUUAGGGCACCUUGUACAAUGUAGCUUUGAAUUCAUCUAGUAAAUGACCUCCAAAAGAACUCAAAAAGACUUCCCUGUGUACAGCAAGGUCCGGUUCCAGGAUUUUUGGUGACCUGUAAAUAUCCUAUUCCUCAGUUCAUGUUCAGAUGUACAAAUGGAUUUUUUCAGUAUUUUUUUAAACUUUAUUAAAAGAACAACAGUAUUUGAAGAGAAGCAAGGUAGAUACAAAUCAGGAUGGUCUGUGUAACUUGUUUUCCCUGCUGUGAUGCAAACCUGUAAAAUAAAGAUUGACCAGAAAGAA